AUUUUUGUUUUGUUAAUAAUAAUUUUUUUAAUUUUCGUUGUACUGUUUUUGAAUUACAAAAGUAUUUUUUUUUAUAAGCAAAACUUUGAGUUUUGUAAAGACUAUAGUGUGAUCAUCGACUGGACACUUAUGGUGACAAACAUGAUGAAUUUUACACUUUAUUUCUUUACAGUUUAUAUUAAUCUUGAAAUUAAGAUUAUCUGCUGCUUUGUUCAUAUUUUUUUAUAAAUAUAGUUCUCUGUUUCUACAAUCUUAACUUCAAUUACAGUGUUGCACGGAACAUAUGUUCACAAAUAUUCGUAUCUUACGGGUAAACUACGCAAAAUCCAACUUUUGGAAAUGUAAUAUUCCAAGCAGAAAUGAGGAACGUAACAGUAGUUAAAUGACUUAACAUAUUUUUCCCAAAUUUCGAAAAUACAUAAUAAAAUAAAAAAUUGAAUAAAGUUUGCCUCUGAGAUGUGAAUAUGUUUCAUAGUCACGCGUAUUCGUAAACAACGCGAGUACAACACGUGUGUAUAAUCUUAAAACUGUACGUCUAAUUUCGCUUUUUCUUUUUUUUUACGAAAUAUCGUGGGAAAGAGAUGCAAUAUUUUCUCAUUAGCUACGAAGCAAAAAUUGAGUAGGGGGUUCCUAAGUAGCAUGUUACGUUCCUGCAUAAUACGGUACGUUGUGUCGACAAUCGGGUAUGGGGGGGACUACUUUCCGUUGAGGAGGUGAGCGUGCGUGUGCGUCUCGCGGUCGAGACCUCGCGAGAGAGAAAAUGAAAUCCGAAAUGGUUAUUGCCGCGCUAUGACCCUAAAAAGUAAAUGUUUCUCUUUGUCUGUGAGUGAAUAAUAAACGAUUGGUCAGGCAAAAUGGAGGGCAGCGUGUCCAAGAACGAGGCUGCAAUAGCACCAGAGCUGUACUUCGUAAUUGCCAAAUUCUUAACGGCGGGACCUUGUCGUGAGGCCGCAGAGGUGUUGAAGCGUGAAUUGGAGCGAGCUAAGGUUUUACCGCAAAGACUAGAUUGGGAAGGGAAUGUACAUAAUCAAACAUUUGAAGAGUUGGAAAAGAAGUAUCCUCAUAUUGGACCAAAUCAUUUGUUACAAAUAUGUGCCAGAAUUGGUCCCGUAUUAGAAAAAGAAGUUCCUCCAUGUAUACCAGGAGCAGUAUCCCUUCUUGGAGCAGGCAGACAAUCUUUGUUACGUACAUACGAGGAUGUCUUACGUCAAGUACAUGGCAUCGUUUCAUAUUCUGGAAGACUAGGUGGAAAACCCUUUUUGAAAUCACCUUAUAGUUUAUCAGUGCCUAAUACAGUACGUGUACUUCAAGGAAGGGAGAAUUCAGGUCCUUUGAGUCGACGGGAGGCGAUACCAACGAAGUUUUAUAGUAAAAUGCAGUUGUACAGACAUACAUUGGGACAUUUAUCUGCAGUAUAUUGUGUUCUUUUUGAUCGCACUGGGAAGUAUAUAAUAACUGGAGCAGAUGAUUUACUUGUUAAAGUAUGGAGUUCUAUCGAUGGACGUUUAUUAGCUACUUUUCGGGGAGCUUCAGCUGAAAUUAUGGAUAUUGCAGUAAAUUUUGAUAAUACUUUACUUGCUGCUGGAAGUCUAGAUCGAAUACUACGUGUCUGGUGCUUUCAAACUAUGUCUCCUAUAGCAGUUCUGUCUGGACAUUCUGGCAUGAUAACAUCUGUAAAUUUUUGUCCUAUAUCUUGUAAUGGUGUAUACUAUUUGGUUUCCACAAGUACAGAUGGAUCUGUUGCAUUUUGGUCUCAUACAAAAAAAGCAAAGGAGAGAGCAGUGUUUCAACCAAAACCAAUUCAGUACCAUGAAAAAAUGCGACCUGGCCAGGCACAGAUGAUUUGUGCUUCAUUUAGCCCUGGUGGAGCAUUUAUGGCUGCUGGCUCAGCAGAUCAUCAUGUUCGAGUAUAUGCAAUGUUAGGAGAUGAAGGUCCACGUAGAGUUUUAGAGGUUGAAUCACACUCUGAUACAGUUGAUAGUAUUCAAUGGGCACAUAGUGGUUUAAAGUUCAUUUCCGGUUCUAAAGAUGGCACCGCAAAUGUGUGGAAUUUUGAACAGCAACAGUGGGUUUAUAAACGUUUAUUAAUGACUACAAAACUUCCAGGAGAAUCGGAAACAGAUGAUGAUUCUAAUAAAAAAGCUAAAGUAACCAUGGUUAGUUGGGAUGUAAGCGAUGAAUGGGUUAUUACAGCUGUAAAUGACAGUUCAUUAAAAGUAUGGAAUGCAAAGUCAGGCGAAUUGGUAAGAGUUCUUCGUGGACAUAAAGAUGAAGUCUUUGUGUUAGAAUCUCAUCCAAUAGAUCCUCGUGUGAUAUUGAGUGCCGGACAUGAUGGACAACUUAUAAUUUGGGAUGUACUAAAUACAGAACCAAUAGCUUGUUUCCAAAAUUUUAUCGAAGGUCAAGGUAACGGUGCUGUUUUUGAUGCAAAAUGGUCUCCGGACGGAACAGUGCUGGCAGCUACAGAUUCUCAUGGACAUCUUUUGAUAUAUGGUUUCGGAUCUGGUGUUCAGAAACUUAAAAUAAUACCAAAAGAAUUAUUUUUCCAUACGGAUUAUAGACCAUUAAUACGAGAUGCAAAUAAUUAUGUUUUGGAUGAACAAACGCAAACAGCACCUCACUUAAUGCCUCCACCAUUUUUGGUAGAUGUUGAUGGAAAUCCUUACCCACCAGCUUUACAAAGACUGGUUCCUGGAAGAGAAAACUGUAGAGGAGAGCAAUUAGUACCAAACAUUGCAGUAGGUGCCGGAGGAAUGCAAGAAGUUAUCGAGGGUCUUCCAACUCACGAACCACGGUCUAAUAUUGACCAAUUAAUUGAAGCUCUUGCUCAAAGGCAAAAUAUUAAUGUUGAAGGCGAAGGUGGCGAUGACAGAGAAGAAAAUUUACUGGAACAACCAGUCCGUCAAAUGGCUAGUCCUCGAGGAAGCAGAUCGGGCUUGAGAAGAGCCGGCGAUGUCGAAGGUGUACGACAAAGUAGUGGUAAUUGGCAAAGAGAUAAUACUACACCUUGGAAUAAGCCUAUACUUGCUCGACCCUUGAAUCCGGCUGUUAGAGAAACACAGUUUAGAGCUUUACACGCAGCAGCAGAAAUGGAACUUGAGAAUUGGAGACGCGAAAUGCGAAGAAGACCACAACCAAUUGAUACUGCCAAUAUCGAAGGCAAUAUAAGUAGCCGAUUAACGAAUCGAAAACGUAAUAGAACUGCCAGGCAUGGUUAUAGAACUAGGGCCGCACGUGGUGAAGAGCAGGAGGAUGAAGAGUUUGAGAACCUUGAAAAUGGGGGAACAACAGGAAGUUCAGCCAGUAGUAAUAGUAAUGACUCCACUGCUCACGAAGAAGACUUAUGUUCUGAUAGUUCCACUUCAGAUUCUAGUACUGAAUAUUCAGAUUGGAUUGCUGAUCAUGGUUUAAAUCUAGAACCACCAAAGAGAAGUAAACGAAAGCCUGUAAAAAAGCGAUCUCUUACUCCGCCAAGUGAUACGGAUAGAAGACGUAGUAAGCGCCCAAAGAAAAAGCCCUUACCGGUACCUAAUGGUAUUGGAGAAGUUCCAGAAGCGUUUAGACCUUCCGAAUGGCUUACCGAAAUAAUACCAAGAAAAGCUCCUUACUAUCCACAAAUGGGUGAUGAAAUUGUCUAUUUUCGACAAGGUCAUCAAUUCUAUUUAGACGCUGUUAAAAAUAAAAAAGUGUACGAACUCGGGCCACGAUGUGAACCAUGGAAUAAAGUUCAUAUACGGGCCCAAGAAUUCGUGAAAGUAGUAGGAAUUAAGUACGAAAUUCGUCCACCUCGAUUAUGUUGUUUAAAACUAGCAUUGAUGGAUGAAGAUGGCCGAUUAACAGGGGAAAACUUCACUAUCAAGUAUCACGACAUGGCCGAUGUAUUAGAUUUCUUAGUUCUACGUCAAACAUUUGAUACAGCUUUAGCACGUAGUUGGUCUGAAGGGGAUCGAUUUCGUUGUAUGAUUGAUGAUGGGUGGUGGAUAGGUCAAAUACAAUCAAUGGAACCUUUAGAUGAAGAUUUUCCAGAAUCUUUUUUCAUGUGCUUUCGCGUCAGAUGGGACAAUGGCGAAUUCGAGAGAAUGAGUCCUUGGGACCUUGAACCAAUCGAUGAAAACAGACUUCCUGCAGAACUUGGCGGUGCAGUUCCUGUACUUCCAGAGGAGAUACGAACGAUAUUAUAUCAGCCACAAGCAGAAGAAUGGCCAUUGGGGGAUAGAGAAGCCACAUGUCGUAGAAUUAUACGUGGAUUAGAUCAAGUGAUGAGUCUUGCAAUUGCAGAACCAUUUAUGGCACCUGUUGAUCUCAAUGUUUAUCCAUCAUAUGCAUUCGUUGUGGAAUAUCCUAUUGAUUUGUCGACUAUAAAGGCUCGUUUUGAAAAUCAUUUCUAUCGAAGGAUUACAUCAGCACAAUUUGACGUUAGAUACUUAGCGACAAAUGCCGAACAAUUUAACGAGCCGCAUAGUCAAAUAGUAAAGCGUGCACGAAUAGUUACUGACUUAUGUUUACGGAUUAUAAAAGAAACUACGGAAUUGGAUGUACCGGCUAUUUAUCAUCAAUUGGUCGAUACGUACCAUUCUUCCGAUUCUGAGGUUGAAGUGGAAGAUGCGAAAGAUAAACCUUCGACAAGUACCCAGAGAGCAACUUCAAGUAGAAAUUUACGUUCACAAGAAGUAGUAAAUGAUUGGAAAGUACAAUGCCGCCAAUUAUUAGAAACAUUAUGGCAAUGCGAAGAUUCUAUUCCUUUCAGACAACCAGUUGAUAGAUUGGAACACCCAGAUUAUCACCAAAUUAUAGAUACACCAAUGGAUUUACGUACAGUAAAGGAAGAUUUAUUGGGUGGUAACUAUGAAACUCCCUUAGAAUUUGCCAAAGAUAUGAAAUUAAUAUUUACAAAUAGUAAAAAUUAUAACACUAAUAAACGUUCAAGGAUAUAUACAAUGACAAUAAGAUUAUCAGCCAUGUUUGAAGAACAUAUGCGAAAGAUUAUGUCGAACUGGAAGUCUGCAAGAAGACGCAAUAAUAAUAGAGAAAAUGCAAAAGGGAAAGGAAAAAAGGGUAAAACUCGAUUAACAAACGGCAUUGGACCGCCGAAAUCAAAAUCUGCUUGUACAGAUGAUGAUGAUGUAAAUAGUGAAGAUGACGACGAAGACUUAGAUGAAGUACAAAAGAAAAAUUCUAAUGUGUCCGUGCCAGGACCAUCGCGUAUGAUGAACGGCCAUACUAAACGUUCUAGUACUUCGCCACGACUGCUAAAACUUCGAAUUUCUAGAUCCGCUGUGACUAAGAAGACGAAAGAAAGUGAAAGUGAUGGCAGUGAAACGGAAGCUUCGAUAGAAAGUGAAAGUAGUGGUAGUAUGCCUGUAAGAAGGACACGAGCAAGAAAAACAAUACCUAGUGCUAGCACUGAUAGUGAUUCUGGAGAUGUAUAUACACCCAGCAAUCGUGGAAAGCAAAGUAGGAAAAUUCGCGCGAAGAAUAGUAAAAAUAUUAAGCAAGUGAAAUCAAAGUCCAAGACGUUUGUUGCCGCCGAUGAUGACGAUGAUGACGAUGACGAAGAUGAGGACGAUGAACAAUUUGCUGCAGCUGAAUCAUCAGAUGAAGAAAGCGAGGAAGAAGUUAUUAACAAAACUAGCACAAGAUCGCGGAAACUAGUAACUUCGCCUGAGCACGACACUAAUUUGAAGUGCAUAACAAAGAAUGGAAGAAAUCAUAUUGAAAGUCAGAGUGAAGAAGAUGAAGAAGAAGAUGAAGAAGAUGACGAAGAGGAGGAGGCAGAACAGUCCCAACAUGAAACUAAUAAUCAAGAUUCAGACAGUGAAGACUCGGAUAAAAUGUUUGCGUCAUCGAGGUUGCAAAGAAGAGUUCGCGGAUUAAGAGAACCACGUAUUCAUGAAACAACACAAAAUUCAAGAAGAACUGGGAAACGUCCUCGUUACAAUGAAGAAAGUGAUGAAAGCAAUACGAUGCCAGUUAGAAACCGACGUAAAAUUAAACGUCAAUCUUAUGCAGAAAAUAGUGAUGAAAGUUUACCAGAACCUGAGAACAUGGCAGGCAUUAGUAUAAGUAGUAGAGGACGUGUACGUAAACUGACCGCACGAGCACGCGCUUUUCUCGAGACUCAGUCACCCUAACAGCAUCUUUCAUGCUAGUAAUAAAAAUGUAAAUUAUUACCCUUUAAAAUGAUUCUUACAAAUGUUUAAGAAUACUGUAAAAACUUUAAAUGUUAUUUGAUAAUAUUUGUUCUUUGAAACAUGCGACUGUAUCCAUACUGUAGCAUUACACUAAAUUUGUGUAUGCCAGGAUAUUAUUGCCUGAAAAUUUUAGAAUAAGAUCCUAGAUAGACUGUACGUAUAAACACUUGAGAUUGUCAUAGCAAUUCAUGAUAAACACUGCUACAAAGUACUUCCAUUAUUAUGAAGCACAUUUAUAAUUUUUUUUUUUCAAGGUUCGAAUACAUCAUUAAAUUAACAGUACACGAGACAGACUUAGUAACACUAGCGAAACAAUGAAACACCAUUUUAUAAUAAUACUUUUUUGUUUUAUUGUUAUAUAUCUGUAUGUUUACUUAAAUUUAGCGACAUUAUUGGUUAUUUGCAUAAGUAUACUGGUCAUUUCAACGUAUACAUAAUACCCAACAUUUAAAAUGCAAUAACAUCUGAAUUAUUAAGUGUUCCAACGAAUUAUUUUUACAAAGUAUUCCAAACUUUUAUCAACAUAUACUGUUUAAUAAUACAGAUGAUAAUGAUUCAUUGCAAAUUCUGAAUUUCUAUAUGAAAAACUAAGUAGUACAUAAUAGUAUUUGUAUUGUACUGUUGAAAAUAUGUUAUUGUACCUGGAAUGACACGGAUAAUCUCCAUCUUGUUCAGGGAAUAUAACUAAGAUUAGCCUAAAACUUCAACGUUCUGCUUGUUUAAACAAAGUCAAUUGACAAGUGAAAAGCUACUAUCAUGCUAAGAUCUUAGGAACUUUAAAUAAAACCAUACCUAUUCGUACAUGCAGUUAAUAAAAAUGAUCUGUAUGAGUGUUUACAUUUCCAUUUGAUGAAAUUACAAUGAAUUAUUUGUUUUGAUCAUAAGUACUCUUUUUAAUAACAAUGACGUUUAUUCGAUGAAUUCAGCAUUUGUAGAUUUAUACAUUUUUCUAAUAAGAUGAAAUACCAUAUAUCUUAAUAGAAAUGUAAUUAAUUUGGGGUCAUAAAGCACUGAACUUUUUAUCGCGUGUGUACAUUUUAACAUUCGUUGAUUGCAUCAAGUGUUUGUACAUUGAAAAGAAAGCUGUACUUAUCUUCCAUAUUUUGUAAAUUCUAUUAAAGGGGGCAGUGCCUUUGUGAAUACGAUUAUUUAUUUAAGGAACAUACAAGUAGCACACAUCUUUAUUUUUGUUUCUUGAAAUAAUCUCAAGUAAAUAAACGUAUUUCCUUCAAUAAAACUAAUUAAAUUAAUUUCGUGUUAAUGGCACUGUUUUAAAUUUGUUAAGGCUAUACUUAAAAUAUUAUGUUACUUGUAAAUACAAAUGUAAUUUAACAUGAUUGCAAUUUUUGUUUUAAUAAUAUGUAAAGAACGCGUGUUUAACACGAUCUGUAGUAUGAAGUAGUAACUUUUUACAUGUAAUUUGUAUGUCCAUUAGAGGAUUAAGAACCAAUGCUCGUGCGAUUUUAGCAAUUUUUCAUACGUAGAACAAAUAGAAAAAAAUAGACAUUUUUCAAAUUUAUAUAGUAUAAAAAUUAAUCCAUUUAUCUAAUAGGAUACAAAUUUUCCAAAACAGUUAUGCAGCUGUUGAACUAACAUAACAUAAGAAUAUGUGCACAAAUAUUGGAAGUCUUGACUGUCUCGAGUCAUUGUGAUAUUAGCUUAAGAAUAUUAAAUAUACAAUGGUAUAAAUAUUAAUGAUUAGAAGUAUAAUGAAUAUUUUUUUAAUAAUGCCUCGAAUAAAAAAAGAGUCAUAUCAAUGCGGACUCAAAAAAUAGAAUUUCUGAUUAUAUUAAUUUAAUACCAAUAUUAACUUCGAUCAUUUAAUUAAUUAUAUUACAAUUAACAUGUUCAUAUCUUAAUCUUCAGAAUUAAUAUAAUUUUGUGUAUAUAAAUAUUAUGAAAUAACAAAACUUAAUUAAUACGGCAGCGAUAGUUUCGAUUUGUGUAAAAUUUGAAACUUUAGUUGUCACACUAAUGUGCUCUGUUGCAUACCUAGUUUAUCGAAACCCACCGUCACCAAUAAAAUAAAGAACUAUUAAAUUGUUUCAUA